CCUCUGGACUCAGUGUGUUGAGGGGGCUACACGUCUCUGCUUCGCGCUUGCGUCCUGAGCAUGGAAAAAAGCUUUUUAACACUGUUUAUUUGAAUAUAAUAUUACUUUUUUCUUUUUCUCAUAAUUAAUGGUGUCAUUUUCUUAUUUAGAUUUUUUGCGCAAGUAAAAGGCGCUUACGCUUUUCGCAGCAGAAGCGCAACACCUGGAAACCUCUGUCGGAAUCUAAUAAGAGCAAAAGUCGGACUUAUAUUUUUUUGUGUUUUUCAUCCUUUCUUUUUUCGUAUACAUAUAUGGGUUUUUUUUCCUUUCACUAGACGUCUCGGGGAUAAUGAAAAAAAAUUAUUUAUUUAUUAUUAAUUUUUUAUAAUUUUUUUAAUUUGCGCGACUGAAAGUGAGGAUGGUGGGCUCCGUGAAGAAGAUGUUUCUCGCACUGGUCGUUUUGGAGAUUUUGCUCUUCGCCAUCACUGGGGUGGCAGAGGGACAAGAAGAGGACCAGGAAAGGUCUUGUCAAGGUGCCUUCGACUUGUAUUUUGUCCUUGACAAGUCAGGAAGUGUGAAGCACCACUGGCAUGAGAUUUACUCUUUUGUUGAGAGUUUGGCUGAGAAAUUUAUCAGCCCCUUGCUUCGGAUGUCCUUCAUUGUGUUUUCAACCAGAGGAAACACGAUAAUGAAAUUGACAGAAAACAGGGACCAGAUAACCAAAGGCCUAAACGUCCUGAGGAAGGAAAUCCCAGGAGGAGAUACAUUCAUGCACCUUGGUCUGCAGAAGGCAAAUGAGCAAAUACAUCAGGAGAAUUUUGGCAAAGCAAGUGUGAUUAUCGCCUUAACGGAUGGGGAACUCAACGAGCAGCCACUGAUAGCUGCACAACAGGAGGCUGCCAGAGCAAGAACGUUGGGCGCCAUCGUGUAUUGUGUCGGCGUGAAGGAUUUCAAUGAGACGCAGCUUGCGACCAUAGCAGACACCAUCGAGCACGUGUUUCCCGUGACAGGAGGAUUCCAAGCUCUUCGAGGCGUGAUCGACUCGAUCAUCAGGAAAUCCUGCAUUGAGAUCCUGGCAGUUGAGCCUUCCAGUGUAUGUGCAGGAGAGUCGUUCCAAGUGGUGGUUCGGGGCAACGGCUUUCUGCACGCCAGAAAAAUCGAACAGGUGAUGUGCAGCUUCAAGAUCAACGAUACGGAGACCUUAAAUGUACAUCCUGCUGAUAUAGAAGACACCUACAUGCUGUGUCCAGCACCAAGUAUAGAUGAAGUCGGAAAGGUGGUAUACCUGCAAGUAAGCAUGAAUGAAGGUCUGUCGUUUAUCACCAGCUCCGUACACAUCACCACAACCGAGUGUUUUGACGGCACUAUUCUCCUCAUUACCCUGCUGGUCCUGUUCCUGUUGUUGGCCUUGUUGUUCAUGUGGUGGUUCUGGCCCCUGUGCUGCACAGUAGUUAUUAAAGAGCCCCCACCACCUCCACCCCCACAACCAGAAUCUGACGACGAGGACGGCAUGCCGAAGAAAAAAUGGCCAACUGUAGAUGCAUCAUACUACGGCGGACGAGGAGUCGGAGGAAUAAAACGAAUGGAGGUCCGCUGGGGAGGGAAGGGUUCCACUGAAGAGGGUGCCAAGCUGGAGAAACCCAAAAAUGCAGUUGUGAAAAUGCCUGAGCAGGAGUACGAACCCUUCGAACCCAAGCCUAAAAAACACGGGUACAAGAAGGCUACUCAGAACAGGAAGUGGUACUCCCCAAUUAGGGGUAAACUGGAUGCAAUUUGGGCUCUGUUUCGCCGAGGUUAUGACCAAGUUUCACUUAUGAGACCACAGCCUGGAGAUCACGGCCGAUGCAUCAACUUCACCCGGGUGAAAGAGGAGGCAGCGAAGGCCCCCAUCAGCGCACAAAGUCCACCCCCGCCUCCUCCCGACUACUCCCAGGCACCACCUCCUGCAAGUCCACUUCCUCAGACUCCGCCCCCUCGAGGACCUCCUGUGGCCCCGGGUCCACCGCCCACCGAGCUCCACCUACCGCACCGUGUCCGCCUCCUGCUCGACCCCCUCCCAAACCCUGAGAGCCGACAAUAAGAGCAUCAGUUAGAUUUUUUUCCAGCCGAAAUAUGCUCCUCUCACCAAAAGAGUAAUCCACACAAAAAUAUUUAUCAGCGUCAGAUAGCCUUUAGUAUGUGCUUUGUUGCUGGACAGCAAAAAAAAAAGAAAUAAAUAAAAAAAAUAUAUUGUAACAAUAUCAACAAAUCCAAUAAAGGAAAGAUGCUAAUAUCAACUACUGAAUAUACCACAAGUGGCAGAGACAAUUAUGAGUGCAUUAUAUUGCCUUUUAGAUAAAAUAAAAAAAAUUCUGUAAAAAUAAAUUUCUUUACCUGUAAGCUCAUUUGGAAACAGUACAACCGAUCAGGUUCACAUGAAGUCAACUAUGAGGUUUUGUUCGAUUGCAUGUCCUCUUUUUGUCCAGUGGUUCUAAAUGAAAAAAGGAGGGAUUUCUGGAAGCAUGAAUCUCGCAUGUUUUUGGGUCGUUCUCUUAUUGGCGUUCUCUUAUCAAUUCGAAUUCGAAUUUACCGAAUACUCUCUCAGGUCAGUCAUAGUGUCGCAAGUCAGGAUCGUGCAAGAAUGAAUCCAAGUCACACCGUGUCUCCAGUAGUGUAGUGUAGCUGUCCAGCUGGCGAAAGAGGAACUGGUGAGGAGCUCGACAUUUAGAAACGGCGUCUGGUCCGGUUAUAGCUUGUUGCAAAUGGUGUGUGUUCUUUGCUUUUUUUUGUAAAAAAGAAAAAAAAAUCACGUCAUGUACAUGUAUGCAGCCGGGGGAAUAUUUCUCAUCGUAAUUUGUACGUAUUAUAUUCCAUAGUUCCCACGACUGUACUGUAUUUCCCCGUGCUUCCUCCAUGUCCUUUUGUAACACCAUUGAACACAUCGUAACUGCAGGGCAGUUGACAGUAUCUAAUUUAUUUUUUCCCCCCCAAGCAAGAGCGAGUGAGUUACUUGAAUACGACAAGGUGUCCGCUGUACAAACCACCGCACACUGUGCAUGUAAGGAUUUCAAACAAGUCACUUUCUAUACAGUUUUUUUUUUUUUUCUCUUGUUAUUCACUCUGUUAUAUGACUUUUCUUGUACCCUCCCCUACUCUAAAUAUAAUUUCCUAAACGUUUUAAUAUCCCUGUGUUUUGAUCAAAAAUGAGCACUUUUACAUGUAAAAUGUUUUUUAACGUUAAUGAACUAAAUAAGCAACGAGGCAAUAUUACAAUUUUCUACAAACCACAUUUUUUUAUUGGCCUCGAGUCAAAAGUGUAUUACGUCUUACGGUAAUAAUACGCUAUCGUGACAUGGACGUAACUUCGUAAGCAUCUAGUGAAAGGCGAGUAAACUGUUUCCUUUUUAUACGCUAUCAAUAAAGAUCAUUUUCCAAGCUUU